AUGUCGACCGACCACUCAUUGCCGGCGGCCAUCUUGGCUAUUGAUAUCCUGCUAUCGUUCCCUGCCAUUUACAACAUCUUCAAGCAUGGCUUACGACACGGCGCCAUCCUGGGCUGGGCUUACUUUUUUAUUUUCCUGACACUACGGAUCGUCUCCAGCGCACUGCAGCUCUCAGACUCCAAGAGUAGUACAGCAUCUCUGGUCGCCAGCAUCGGCCUAUCACCAUUAUUGCUUGCGACAUUAGGUCUCGUCCACGAGUCCCGAUCCUAUGUUUUCGAUAAUCUCAACCGCAAGACGGAGGGAAUCUGGGUACUCGUCCUGCACAUACUCAUUACCGGCGCAGUCGCCCUGACGGCCGCCGGCGCCUCGGGCAUGAGCAAGCCCGACAUCACCGACGCGGUCCGCACCAGGGACAAGAGGCUCGUCACGGUGGGCAUGGUGGCCCUCCUCGUCAGCUGGAUACUCGUCACUCUCGUGGCCGCGACGUCCUUUGUCGCGCGGCCCCGGGCCAACGCCGGCAACCCCGAUAUCAAGCAGGGCAACCGGCUGCUCUACGCCGUCUUGUUUGCCAUUCCGUUUCUCGGAAUCCGCAUCCUGGUCAGUUUGGUUUAUUUCGCCACCAUGAACCAGGAUCUCAGUCCCGUUACUGGCAAGAUGGGCUACAAGGUCGGCCUCGGCUUUAUUGAGGAGCUGCUCAUCUCCAUUGCCUUUGUUGCGGCGGGCAUCAUGACGAGGAACAUUGGCAAGAGCCGUACGCAAAAGGUGUCUACACAGGAGGCUGCUUGGGGUCGUUGA